AUGAGGUUGUCCACUCUGCUCCUGCUUUCCUCAUCAGACUGCACCCCGCUUCACAUCAGCCUCUACAGCUUCCUCAUCCAGAGCUUAGAGCUUCCCAAUCCUUCUCCCCACCCCAUCACAUCGCCCACCACCCCCUACCACAUUCUCUAUGAGGCAAAUCCCACCUACUACCUCUCCUUCUGUGCUGCCCUUUACUCCAGCUUUGUCUGCCUCUCCUCUACCCCCAUAGCAGAGGGCAACAUCUCCUCUCUCAGCAACUGGCUCCUCACCUUCCACUCUAAAUUCCUGGAGGAGUCAGAUCUCACAGCCAUCACUUCCUUCCUACAAGGCCUAACUUCACAUCCUGCCCUUGCCCCUCUCACACCCAAGACCAGCUCCUCCUCCUCUUCUGGUCCAUGGAAAGACAUGCACCUCUGGGAGCAGCGCCACCUUGCGGCCAAGAUGACUGUGUGCUGCACCAACCAGAUCAACACUGAACUUGCAAUUCUUGUGAAGACACAUCAAAAGGAUGCUGUGGUUUGUCACUUGGCAUAUGCUGGGCUGCCCUCCAUGAGCUCUGUGCAAGGUGAGUGCAAGGAGCCCUACAUGCUCAAUCUACAUGGGAUCAGUGAUGGCUUCCUGGAGUUCCAGUUAAGUGAGCAAUGGUUCUACCUUCCCUUUGGCUGGAAUGGAUGGACUGUUGCCAAGUGUGUCCACCUUGUGCUGCAAUGA